UCUGCUGCUGGGGUGCCGAUGAUGCGGAGCGGAGCCCUGGUCCAUUUCUGUGAGCGGCUACAACCGCAGUUCCAGAGACUGAAGUCGAAUGAGACGGGAGUGCGGGCUGAGAUGAUGACGGAUGAUCCGAACUGCGGCUCAGCGCGCGCACAGCUGUAACGGCGGCGGACACACGCGUGGAUUCGUCAAAGGGUCGACGUUUAGCUCAUCACUUUGUUUGACAUUCAGCUGGUGACAGAAUGAUCGAGGAGGGCAGCAAACGAGGCAAGGCCAUGGUGGAGAAGAGACAGCUCUUCAUGGAAAUGAGAGCUCAAAAUUUUGACGUUAUCAGACUGUCAACGUAUAGAACAGCCUGUAAACUGCGGUUUGUGCAGAAGAGAUGCAACCUUCAUCUGGUGGAUGUCUGGAACAUGAUCGAAGCCUUUCGUGACAACGGGCUCAACACAUUGGACCACAAUGCUGAGAUCAAUGUUUCACGGCUGGAAACGAUCUUAUCUUCCAUCUACUACCAGCUCAACAAGCGGCUGCCCACCACGCACCAGAUCAAUGUGGAGCAGUCCAUCGGGCUGCUGCUCAACUUCAUGGUGGCCACCUAUGACAGUGAAAGCCAUGGAAAGCUGACAGUUUUCUCAAUGAAAGCCAUGCUGGCAACGAUGUGUGGAGGAAAAAUUGUAGACAAACUACGUUAUAUUUUCUCACAGAUAUCGGACUCCAGUGGAGUCAUGGUGUUUGCUAAGUUUGAUCAGUUUCUUCGGGAGGUGUUGAAGUUGCCCACAGCCGUGUUCGAGGGACCCUCCUUUGGAUACACGGAGCAUUCAGUGAGGACAUGCUUCCCCCAGCAGAAGAAGAUCAUGCUGAACACCUUUUUGGAUGUGUUGAUGGCAGAUCCUCCUCCUCAAUGCCUUGUAUGGCUGCCACUCAUGCACCGACUUGCUAAUGUUGAAAACGUCUUCCAUCCGGUUGAAUGUUCGUAUUGCCGGAGUGAGAGCAUGAUGGGUUUCCGGUAUCGGUGCCAACAGUGCCAUGGCUACCAGCUCUGCCAGAGCUGCUUCUGGCGUGGCCAUGCCAAUGGUCCCCAUAGCAACCAGCACCAGAUGAAGGAACACUCAUCUUGGAAGUCUCCGGCUAAAAAGCUGAGCCAUGCCAUCAGUAAAUCCCUAGGCUGCGUCCCGAUCGGUGAGCCACCGCAUCCUGUGUUCCCAGAGCAGGCCGAGAGACCGCAGGAACUCACCCACACUGUUCAGCCGAAACCAGUGGCCAACAACAUGAACGACACAAUGCUCAUGUCCUCUGGGGCACCCACUCCUACCAAAAGUGUCUUGGAGAGUCCCAGCCGACUAGAUGAAGAGCAUCGCCUCAUUGCUCGCUACGCUGCCCGCCUAGCAGCCGAGGCAGGUAACUCCACGCAACAGUGUCCUCCGACAGAUCUGAGUUUUAAUUUCGAUGCCAAUAAGCAACAGAGACAGCUGAUUGCAGAGCUGGAGAACAAAAACAGAGAGAUCCUCCAGGAGAUCCAGAGGCUGCGUUUGGAGCACGAACAGGCGUCUCAGCCAACCCCAGAAAAAGCACAGCAGAACCCCACGCUUCUUACUGAGCUACGGCUUCUAAGACACAGGAAGGAUGAGCUGGAGCGGCGCAUGUCAGCCUUACAAGAAAGCAGACGGGAGUUGAUGGUGCAGUUGGAAGGACUCAUGAGGCUGCUAAAGGAUGAGGAACAGAAGCAGGCUUCCCAGUCCGGAAGCUCCCCUCAUUCGUCCCCCAGUCACGGUGCGGGCUGCUCCAUGCCCAUGCCCAUUCGCUCCACUUCAGCUGGGUCCACCCCGACUCACACACCACAGGACUGCCUGGCAGGAGUGGGAGGGGAUGUGCUGGAGGCAUUCGCUCAGGGUGUACCUAGAAAUCUUCGGAAUGAUCUACUAGUUGCUGCUGAUUCAAUCACAAACACCAUGUCUUCGCUGGUGAAAGAGCUCCACUCAGUGGACGAUGGGGGAGAUGAAGAUGAGACCAACAUGAGGAACGGAGGAGACAGAGAUGAAGCAGAAUGAACAACACAAAGCACAGUGAGAGUACAGAAGCACUGAGGGAAAGAGACGACCAUCCCAUCCUGUAAGGACAUACAGUCAUCAACUGGGAAGAAUCAGUAACAACAACUAAAUCUCCCCUGGCAUUAGCACGUAGAUUAAUGCAUGCUGUAAUCUAACAGGAUUUCACUAUGUGAAAAAAAAAAAAAAGUUUCGCCGCACCUUGCAGGUAGCAAGAUGUGUCUAAUUAGCGAGUGUGUUUGUUGUCCUGUAUACAAAAACUACUGUAAUUACCCAACAAGUUCCCUUCUGACUGCUAAGGAAUGGCUUGCUGUGCUUUCUCCCCUAACUCUUUUAUUGCAGCUGAUCAUUCUGUAUAUAAAACUGUAAACACACCACCUUGGGAACACUGCGAUGCGGAGGAGGCCUCAAGUCGAAACAUGUUCCCUGUUGUUGCUUUUGUAUAAUUAGUGCUAGCAUUUCUUUGAAUUUUUUGGUUUUGAAUCAUUUUUGCAUGAACUUGCACUCAUGUCUGGGUUUCAGUACUGUACCAUGCUAUGCCAGCUCCUUGUGGGUUUAUGAUGACAGCUGGGGUGUCAGAAAUGUCCUGCUUCCAAAUUCAUGCUGUGUGUUUACAUUCACAUGUGUAAUCUGAGGUGUUGUCUACUGUUGAGCAGUUCAUAUGUGGCAGGGGUUCCUUACUUUACUUAGUACAUACUGUACUUUGUUUUUAUUCGUUCAGGACAACGCACGUUGAUGAACAUCAGUGUAAAAAA